UUGAUGAGUAAACAGAACCCGGAAGUUGUAAAUGUUGACUGCUUGGGUGACCCUUCGCUUUUUUUGAUCGCGGUGAUAAAACAUGGGAGUGAAAAUAGAGAUAUUUCGGAUGAUGGUGUAUCUGUCCUUUCCGGUGGCGAUGUUCUGGAUUUCCAACCAAGCAGAAUACUUCGAGGAGUACAUAGUGAAGAGGAAGAGAGAGAUUUUUCCACCAGAUGAGAAACUGCAGAGGAAAGAGCUCGAGGAGUUUAAGGAGCGCAUGAGAAUUCGGAGGGAGCAGAAGAUGCUGAAACAGCUAGCCGUAGAGACAGAAGACUGAUCACGAGGGAAGGAAUGAAUGUCUUGGUUUCACUGAUCAAAGGCCCAACGUGAAGAGAGAGGGGGGAGAGAGAGAGAGAGAGAGAGAGAAACGUGCUGAAGGAUGUGCAUGGAGUGUACUUUGUGAAAAGACAGAGGAAAUGUGCUGUUUUAUAACUAGAAGUGCUUUCAUUAUACUGAAUCAGUGCAAAUUCCGAAUUUUGUAAAUCAGAAUGUUCAUUAUACGUUUUAAUUGUUUAUUCCUGGGUAAUGGGUUAUUUAUUAUUUUAAAAAAAUAAAAAUGCCUUGUUUUUUUUUUUUUCCUUGUUAACAUUUUGCACUAUGUUCAUUUUAAUUAAAAGUUGGU